AUGGCGGGUGCUGUGCGCCAACCCAUCGACAUCCCCUCCCUAGAACGGUUCAUCGAUCAGAAUGUCCCCGAGAUCAAGACCCCAUUAGAUGUGAAGCAGUUCGGUUUCGGUCAAUCCAACCCGACCUACCAGCUCUCCACCGCCGAUGGCAAGAAGUUCGUUCUGCGCAAGAAACCCCCCGGCAAGCUGCUGUCCAAGACGGCCCACCAGGUGGAGCGCGAGUAUCAGAUCAUCCAUGCCUUGGGACCGACCGAUGUGCCCGUCCCGCAAGCACACUGCCUCUGCGAGGAUAGCAGUGUGAUCGGCACGCCCUUUUACAUUAUGGAGUUCCUGGACGGACGCCAUUUCACGGACCCAGCCAUGCCUGGAGUGAGCGCGGAGGAGAGAAAUGCCCUGUGGAAGGACGCGCUGCACACGCUGGCCAAGUUCCACAGAGUGGUCCCCAAGGACGUCGGACUGGAAAGAUUCGGCAAACCCACGGGCUUCUAUGACCGACAGAUCGCAACAUUCUCGAGAAUCUCCAAGGCGCAGGCGCAGGCCGUCGACGUAGAGAGCAAGGAGCCCGUAGGCGAGCUGCCGCAUUUCGAAGACAUGGUGCGCUUCUUCGCCAACAAGACCACGCAACCGCGUGAUCGGGGCACCCUAGUGCACGGCGACUACAAGAUCGACAACGUGAUCUUCCAUAAGACCGAGCCACGCGUGAUUGGCAUUCUGGACUGGGAAAUGGCCACCGUCGGACACCCGCUGUCAGAUGUCUGCAACCUCACCAGCCCUUACAUCAUCGAGACGACCGAACAUGACUCCAACGCGUUCAAACCCAACCAGACGCCAGGCUUGCCAACACGCGAGGACUGCAUCCGCUGGUACAGCGAGGUGGCUGGGUGGAACCCCGCCGAGGAACUUCUUUGGGGUGAUGCCUUCUUCACGUUCCGGAGCUCGGUCAUUAUGCAGGGUAUUGCGGCCCGAUUUGCCUUGCGUCAGGCGAGCAGCGCGCGGGCCGGGGAGUACGCCAAGAAGACGAAGCCCUUUGCAUUAAGUGCGUGGGACCGUGUCAGGCGGUUGCAAGGAGGGCAGCAGAAGGGUAAACUGUAG